GUGAGGAGGGCGGUGGUGGAAAGGGGGGAGGUGGGGAUGGAGGAGAAGAUGUGGGCGCUGGGAAGGGCGAGGGAUGAGUUGAUUGGGUGGAUUGAAGGGGAGUUGGCGAAGGUGCCUGAAGCGGACGGGGAGACCGAUGACGAUGGGCGUCUGGGAGCUACGGGCGGGCAGCUGGAGAACGAUCCUGUUCCAUCGAACGAGCAGAUCGACGCGGCGUACGAACACUAUCUUGAAUCACGAAGAGCCUUACUCAAAACGAUGGCAUCUAUUCCAUCACUCGACCUCCCCACAGAGCAACCACCUCCCCAACCCCUCUCCCAACUCCCGCAACCAUCCACUAAACCGGCUCCGCUCCAAUCUCACCACAUCCUCCCCCACCUCCCCGCCCUACUCAGCUGCGUCGACGACGAACGCGACCUAAUGCAACAAACCGCGUACCUCCGCCGCCGCCUCGCGGCCGGCGCGGACGAGAACGCCAAAAUUGUCGAUCGCCUCGCCGGGGAGAGCUAUCUGCUGCAGGACGCGAAUGCGAUGGAGAUAUCCAUGGCGUCAUGGGCAGAGGCGUCGGCGGCGAAGCGGGAAGAGCUGGAGCGGUUUCUCGAUGAGAAUUUUCGGGCGGGGGAGAGCGGGUUGCGGAAUGCGGAGGAGGUAUUGCGGCGGAUGGAGGGGAGGAAACAGGCGUGGGAAGAGAUCAAAGGUGAUGUAUGAGUCACGGGUAUGGCUAUGGUGCAGUAGAAAACUUCAAAACGACUUCGCUGGA